GCACUUCCGUCUGCAGGCCGAGUGCCUUCGACGCCGGCGUGAGCGGCUGCUGGAAGGAUCAGGCCGGCCGCGGCGCGUGGCGGUGACGUCAUCGGAAGCCAAGCCCUCAGAGAGGCGCUGCGGCUUCGGUGCGCUGGCCGACCGAAGGCAGGCGCGGCGGGCGGCCCUCGGGGACAGUGCAUCCGCAAACCGCAGCCCCAGCUCUGAGCACCCGAGUUUUGAGCCCGUGUGGCGCUGCGGUCUACCUUCUUCACAGCGGCGUUCCUCGUGUCUGCGCCCUUGCUGGGUGGGAGGCCGAGCUGGUGGUCCUCGUGAGCACCCUGUUCCCGGCAACAGACGAGCCAGGAGAUGAGUGAGGCGGACGCGGAAGUAAAGCAAAGGGAGCCAUGCAGGAGAUGUGGACGGGGUGGGCGGAGGUUCCGGAGCCCAUGGAGGACUGCGGCCAGGACGCCAGCGCAGUGCCCAGCUCUGUGGCCCCACGACGUCAAGAGGAAGAAGGGCCUGAACCAGCUGCACAGCCUGGAACGCAGCCUGGGCUCUACAGCUACAUAAGGGAUGACUUGUUCACCUCGGAAAUCUUUAAGCUGGAGCUCCAAAAUGUCCCUCGCCACGCCAGCUUCAGUGAUGUCCGGCGUUUCCUGGGCCGUUUUGGCCUACAGUCCCACAAAAUCAAACUCUUUGGACAGCCACCAUGUGCCUUUGUAACAUUCCGAAGCGCUGCUGAACGAGACAAGGCCUUGCGAGUGCUGCACGGUGCUCUCUGGAAAGGCUGUCCGCUCAGCGUACGUCUGGCCCGACCCAAGGCCGACCCCAUGGCUAGGAAGAGGCGGCAAGAAGGUGAUAGUGAGCCACCAGUAACGCAGAUUGCCGAUGUGGUGACCCCUCUUUGGACAGUGCCCUACACUGAGCAGCUGGAGCAGAAGCGACUGGAAUGUGAGCGGGUGCUACAGAAACUGGCCAAAGAAAUUGGGAACACUAAUCGCGCCCUGCUACCCUGGCUGCUUUUGCAGAGACAACAGCACAAUAAAGCUUGUUGCCCCCUGGAGGGGGUCAAGCCAUCACCCCAGCAGACUGAAUAUCGUAACAAAUGUGAAUUUCUGGUCGGAGUUGGGGUAGAUGGCAAGGACAACACUGUUGGCUGCCGGCUUGGCAAGUACAAGGGUGGGACAUGUGCUGUGGCAGCUCCCUUUGACACCGUGCACAUUCCAGAGGCCACUAAACAGGUGGUGAAGGCCUUCCAGGAAUUCAUCCGUUCCACACCAUACUCAGCAUAUGACCCUGAGACAUAUACAGGCCACUGGAAGCAACUGACUGUUCGAACCAGCCGCCGAGGCCAGGCCAUGGCCAUUGCCUACUUCCAUCCGCAGAAACUGAGCUCUGAGGAAGUGGCAGGACUAAAGACCUCCCUGGUGUGCCACUUCAUGGAGGGACCAGGCAAGGCCAGUGGGGUGACCUCCCUCUACUUUGUGGAGGAGGGACAGAGAAAGACUCCCAGCCAGGAAGGCCUGCCCCUGGAACAUAUGGCUGGUGACCAGUGCAUCCAGGAAGACCUGCUAGGGCUGACCUUCCGCAUCUCCCCUCAUGCAUUCUUCCAGGUAAACACACCUGCAGCCGAGGUGCUCUACACAGUAAUCCAGGAAUGGGCACAGCUAGAUGGGGGCAGUACAGUGCUGGACGUGUGCUGUGGCACUGGCACCAUAGGCCUGGCCCUGGCUCCGAAGGUGAAGAGAGUAGUGGGAAUUGAACUGUGUCAGGAGGCUGUGGAGGAUGCCCGUAUGAAUGCCCUCACCAAUGAGCUGAGCAAUGUUGAGUUCCACUGUGGCAGGGCUGAGGAUCUGGUGCCAGGCUUGGUGAGCAGACUGUCUUCCCAACAACUUGUAGCUGUUCUAGACCCACCACGGGCUGGCCUACAUUCUAAGGUGAUUCUGGCCAUCCGGAAAGCUGAGAACAUCAAGCGGCUCCUGUAUGUUUCCUGUAACCCCAGGGCAGCCAUGGGCAACUUUGUGGACCUCUGCAGGGCGCCAUCUAAUCGAGUAAAAGGCACCCCAUUCCAUCCAGUCAAGGCUGUGGCAGUGGACCUGUUCCCACAGACACCACACUGUGAGAUGCUUAUCCUGUUUGAGAGGAUGCAACAACACCCCAAUGGCGUAGUAGCCCUGGAGCAUCAAGACCUUCAAACCCCAAGAAAUCUUCCUGAUAUCACUGCACAGGAAACAGAGACUUCCCUCUCAUCCUAGGGGAAGUAUAGGAGCACAGGAAAGCUGGGGAGCUCCUUACAGCUCCCUAGUAAGCAGAGCAUGACUAAGCAUUGGUGAGACGUGAAGCCUGCCUACUACAGUUCAAAGAGUAUGAACACCUGUGUACUAAUAAUGGGAUAGCGAGAUUCUAGAAUAAAAAUUGCUGAUUUUACUGAAA